GGCCGCGCGGUCACCACAACAGUCCCCGCGGUCUCCCUCCCGGUCGUGCUGCGACAGAGGCCGGUCCUGGCUUUGUAGCUCGCUCAAGAUGGCGGCGCAGCCACCCAGCGGGAUCCGCCUCAGCGCGCUUUGCCCGAAGUUUUUACAUACAAAUUCUACUAGUCACACGUGGCCAUUCAGUGCAGUUGCUGAAUUAAUAGAUAAUGCAUAUGAUCCUGAUGUAAAUGCUAAACAGAUAUGGAUUGACAAAACAGUGAUAAAUAACCAUAUAUGCUUGACGUUCACUGAUAAUGGGAAUGGUAUGACUUCAGAUAAAUUACAUAAAAUGCUAAGCUUUGGCUUCAGUGACAAAGUCACCAUGAAUGGUCAUGUCCCAGUUGGAUUGUAUGGGAAUGGCUUCAAGUCAGGUUCUAUGCGUUUGGGUAAAGAUGCAAUCGUUUUUACCAAAAAUGGAGAAACCAUGAGUGUGGGCUUCUUGUCUCAGACCUACUUGGAUGCCAUAAAAGCAGAACACGUUGUUGUCCCCAUAGUGGCAUUCAACAAACAGCGACAGAUGAUUAAUUUAGUGGAAUCAGAAGCAAGCCUCGCUGCAAUUCUGGAACACUCUCUGUUUUCUACGGACCAGAGUUUACUAGCAGAACUGGAUGCCAUCAUGGGUAAGAAGGGGACGAGGAUCAUCAUUUGGAACCUUAGAAGCUACAAAGGUGCAACAGAAUUUGAUUUCGAUAAGGAUAAAUAUGACAUCAGAAUCCCAGAAGACUUAGAUGAGACCACAGGGAGGAAAGGUUACAAGAAGCAAGAGAGGAUGGACCAAAUCGCCCCAGAGAGCGACUACUCCCUGAGGGCUUAUUGCAGUAUAUUGUAUCUAAAGCCAAGAAUGCAGAUCAUAUUACGUGGACAGAAAGUGAAGACACAGCUAGUUUCAAAGAGUCUUGCUUACAUCGAACAUGAUGUUUAUCGACCAAAAUUUUUAACUAAAACAGUGAGAAUUACUUUUGGAUUCAACUGCCGAAAUAAAGAUCAUUAUGGGAUAAUGAUGUAUCACAGAAAUAGACUCAUCAAAGCUUAUGAAAAAGUUGGAUAUCAGUUAAAGGCAAACAACAUGGGCGUUGGAGUAGUGGGAAUUAUAGAGUGCAAUUUCCUAAAGCCAACUCAUAAUAAACAAGAUUUCGACUAUACUAAUGAGUACAGGCUUACAAUACUGGCACUUGGAGAGAAACUGAAUGAUUAUUGGAAUGAAAUGAAAGUGAAGAAAAAUGCAGAAUAUCCUCUAAAUUUGCCAGUUGAAGAUAUACAGAAACGUCCUGAUCAGACAUGGGUUCAGUGUGAUUCCUGUCUAAAGUGGCGAAAAUUACCAGAUGGGAUAGAUCAACUUCCAGAAAAAUGGUAUUGCUCCAAUAACCCUGACCCACAGUUCAGAAAUUGUGAUGUUCCAGAAGAACCUGAAGAUGAGGAUUUGGUGCAUCCCACUUACGAAAAAACCUACAAAAAGAAAUUAAUCCAGCAGGAUUGGAGUAAGCAAGCCUGUGAGGUUUUCCCAUUCAAAGGCCUGAAAGCACUGGGCAUGGAAAGUUUGAGGCCAAUGAGAGACAAGGACAAAUUCAGGAUCAAACAGCUGGAAAGGAUCCCUCAGAUUAAUGCCGAAAUGUUGUUGCGGACAGUCCCUUUGUCAAGUCAGAGUUUUACUCCCGUGAAGGACAGUGUUCCAAGAGGACAUCUUUCAGAAGCCGCAAAUACUUAUGCAACAAGACUUGUGAAUAAUCACCGCGGCUCACCCCAGUCGGAAUCCGAGAGCAACAGCAUGAAACGGAGGCUUUCUACUCGUUCCUCAAUUUUGAAUGCAAAGCAUCGGAGAUUGAAUAAUCAGGCAUUUGAAAAUUCAGCUUAUAAAGAUGAUGAUGAAGAUGUCAUCAUCUUAGAAGAAAACAGUACCCCCAAGCCUGCAAUAGACCAUGAUGUGGAAGUGAAAUCCGAGCAGAGUCACAUCGAGCCAAGCGGUGUUCAGGUUGAGCCUCUGGGUGACGUUGAACCUUGUGGCCAGACUAGUUCAAUAGGCACCUUGCCACCCAUGUGUGAUCAGGGAACUGCUGUGGCCACCCAGACUGAAAUGCCAGGUUUAGUUGUCAAAAAGGAAGAAACUACUGAAAAUGACAUAAGUACAAGACAUGACACAGCUGUACUGCCAUCCUGUGUGGAGCUCGAAGGAAAGACGCACGAAACCCCGGAAACCUUUGAUAAGUCUGCGGGCGAUGCAGGGUUCCAGUUAAAUGAACUGAGAAGUGAGCUGUUUCUAGUUACCCAACAAAAAGAAAAUUAUAAAAGACAGUGUGACAUGUUUACUGACGAAAUCAAAGUGUUACAGCAGAGGAUACUGGAAAUGAUCAACAAAUACGUGAAGAAGGAAACUUGCCAUCAGUCUACUGAAACUGACGCUGUGUAUUUACUUGAAAGUAUCAAUGGCAAAUCUGAAAGCCCAGACCACAUGGCAUCUCAAUAUCAGCAAGCUCUGGAAGAAAUAGAAAGGCUGAAAAAACAGUGUAGUGCUUUGCAGCAUGUAAAGGCCGAGUGCAGUCAGUGUUCCAAUAGUGAGAGUAAAAGUGAGAUGGACGAAAUGGUUGUGCAGCUCGAUGAUGUAUUUAGACAGCUGGACAAGUGCACUGUCGAGAGGGACCAGUAUAAAAGUGAGGUUGAAUUAUUGGAAAUGGAGAAAUCACAAAUUCAUUUACAGUGUGAAGAACUGAAAGCUGAAAUCGAACAAUUAAAAUCUGCAAGCCAACAGAAAGGAACAGAUGUGUCAACUUCAAGUGCUGUCGAGGAGUCUAUGAAGUUUGCUGACGGGGAAAGCCUCAAGCUGCGGUCUCUCCGCGUUAACGUAGGACAGCUGCUCGCCAUGAUUGUUCCUGACCUCGAUCUUCAGCAAGUGAAUUAUGAUGUUGAUGUUGUUGAUGAGAUUUUAGGGCAAGUUGUAGAACAGAUGAGUGAGAUCAGUAGUUCUUAAAGUAUAUUUUGUAUGAGAUAAUAAAAUAUUUCCUCCAUUCUUUUGGUUGUACAGCUUUCAAGAUUGUGUUUUAUAGCUACGACAGGUGACAGGCGGAAGAACCAUAGCCUUUUCUGUAUCCUAUGCAUUCAAGUGUGGCCACAGAUACAUGGACACAUUACCACACCUUUUGAAAUGCCCGCAAGUUGUUGAUUUUGGGCGGCUGAAGAGCUAACUCAUGUUUCUGGUUUAAAAUGUAAAUAUUUGUAAUUAAGUCUGCACAUAUUUUUUUAUUGCCCCUUAAUAAGAGGACAUAAGUGUCUUUCACCAAGAGGCUUUCAGGUUGCUCCUGACCUUUGUGCAGCCUUUUCUGGCUUCCCAAAGUGUAUUUGUAUCUGAAGGGAGGGCUGGGCCGUAAAGCAAACGGAAAGGUGCCCUUUGGUUUGUCACAGAGAAGGAUGGACGGGCAUCCUGACAGAUAGAGUCACGCUUUUGGUGAGAUGAGCUGUGAGUGAGUUGAGCUUUAAUGUUUCUUUACUAUAAAUUCUUAUCCCUUAAACAUUUUAUUCAUGAAAAUAACGUAAGCAACAACGUCUCCGUCCAUUUUGCUGGGACAUUUUCUGUACUGAGGUUGCCAAUCAUGGUUCAAGUGUUUUUAUAGGACACACAAAGGAUCUUCAGUAUAAAAAAAAGUAUCAAGUAUUUUAACAGCCUCACCAUGUUUACGUGGAAGCCCAUUUUUGGCUGCUUAGCAUGGAGUGGGCACAGUGAUUGUUAAAUAUUUCUUUUAUGAAAUUUCCUGUACAGCCUUUUAUGGGACUACUACAGGUUAAUGUGAGUUGAGGAAGACAGUCUUUCUCGAACAGCACUGCACACCUUUUAUUAUAUCACACACCUGAGUGUUUUAUAUCCUGGAGUUAAGCAGCAGAUUGCCCUAGGAUUAUAGUAUUACCUGCCAUAAAAAUUAAUGCUCUGUUGGUUCCUUGUUUUGUGCAAUUCUUAAAGAGAUGGCUUUCUAUUAAAUAUAACUGUGUAUAUGUAAUUAAUUUUCCACAACUAAAAUGCGCAUUAUUUUUUUCAAAGUUUUAUCAUUGCUAUUUAUU